CAUGACAUGAUAUUCUAUCUGUCAAAGUGUUUAUGGCUAAUUCUAACAAUUUGAUUUUCUGAUAAUAUUCCAGUAAAAUCAGAAAAAAAGCUAAAAUUAUUCUGCAAAAUGGCGGCGGAAACAAAAAAGUUCUUACACGAACUUUUAAAUAGCGUUGAAGGUCUCUACAGUAUAUUAAUAACAGAUCGAGAUGGAGUUCCAGUUUUAUCUGUUGCAAACGAGGCAGCACCAGAAUUAGGAAUGCGAACUAAUUUUCUUUCCACCUUCACCAUGGCCACGGAACAAGGAAGUAAAUUGGGCCUCGGGAAAAAUAAGAAUGUCAUAUGCAUGUAUAGUACUUAUCAGGUAGUCCAGAUUAAUAAACUUCCCUUGGUAGUCAGUUUUAUCGCUAGUCACACAUGCAACACAGGACACAUUCUCUCCCUCGAGAAUAAAAUUGACCCGAUCUUGAGCAGUUUAAAAAGUGCCGUCGCAGAAGCCUGAUGGUUACCUGUUGUGCAUUACGGGUGAUAAACAAAAAUUCAGGGCUGAAAGAAUUUUCAUAUACUCUAUACAGGGUGUCUCAUCACCUCUGAAACAGCCGGAAGUAUCUAAUAGCGUGCCAAAAAAAUAAACAAAAAAUUUCUCUAGCAAAAAGCUGCCGAUGAGUAACGAGCUUGAGCGGACUUUUUUAUUUAUUUGGUUAUGCACUAUUACAUAUUUCCAGCGGUUUCAUAUGUGAUGGGACACUCUGUAUAGAUAAAAAAUAUAGAGUAUAUUAAAAAUAUUAAGAUAUCGAUAAAUUUGGUCAUUUCUGACGAAUAACUGAUUGAUUAACCAUAAAAGUUCAAGAAAGAUUUUAACUAAUUGUACAAAUUUGUCUAAUAUCAAAAUAUUUGAAUGUCUACGAAAUGUUAAUAUAUUGUCUACAAAAUCUUCACGUAGAAAUAAUUUGAAGAUCUUUAGGAAAACUCAAGACAUUUUUACGAUAGGUAGAAUUUUUUGCUCUUCUAGUAAAUUAUAACUGUUGAAAGAGCUAAGGUUUGCUGAUUUAGUAAAUCGUGAAUGGUCUAUAGCUUAAUAUUUAGAAUACACUGUACAUAAGAUCUUGGUG